AUAUAAAGAACGAGCAAAAUCCAGAAUAUUUUAUCAACGUACCUGUGGUGUGUAAAGAUUCCAAGAAAAAUGUAAUAAUAUCAUGAACCAGAAAACAACAUUGACCGGACAUUGUUAUCAGGAAGGAAAAAACCGUUUGCAUUAUGUGGAAGUUGGUGUUUACAUUAUUUGCUGUUACGUAAAUUGCAGCAGAAUCAGCCCUCGCCUACGGAAUUGACAUAUGAUAAUGUACUUAAGCUCAAUACUGAAUACUUAAUUACCGAGUUAUACCAGCUUUAACACGGUAUAUAAGUGAGGACAUAAUUGUGGAAGUAGUUCUGGCGAACAUUACACGAAGAAACAAGAAGCCAGGUGAUCAACUGACAAAGAUGAAGGUGGCAUUGGCCUGUUUUGACAUCCUUAAAGCGAUCUUGGUACGUCUUGUGCUGGUCAUCCACAGUCUGUUGGCAGUAUGGAGGGUGGUUAGCAUUAAUGAUGACAACUUCUUCUGGUGGUUCGCCAUCGUGGAUGUCGUUCUCGUCCUGGAAGGUGUGGUGGCCGUUAUUGUGAGGAAAGGCAUGGAAUACAAGUGGUUUUGUCCAUGUUUCCUACUCUACCUUGGGGGGACCGUUCCAGCAAUAUGGCUGCUGGAGCUGGACAGGAGAGAACGAUUCAUCAACACCUUACAUCCGGUAGCUGUCACUAACGCCACCAAUCUGACGGCUAUAACUACAUCCAGCUCUGUUUUAUCUUCAGUAUCUGUACAAGAAGAAAUACAAGAUAACAUCAUCAGUGUAUACGGAGUGACUAUACCAUUAACCAUUGAACUGGAGCCGGAUACGUGGGUAGUUAUCAUAGAACAGCUCCUGCUAUACUUCAUGAUACUUGGUCGAUGGAUUCUUCCUCGAGGUAAAAUUUCACGAAACGAGUUAUCUCAACUGUUGUUUGUUUUUAUCGGAAUGGCAUCAGACAUCACAGAACUGUUUGCCCUGUUCGAUGAAUCGCAAGUCAGACAGAGCCUCGAGCUGACAUACGUUAUUUUAAUUAUGUGGUCGGUCAGCCUAAUCCAAUUCUGUUUCGUGCUCACCGCCACAAAGAACCCGUCUCGUCCCCGUGUGGCAUUAGCGUCUCCUCGGGAGAUGCGACGGAAGCUGCACUGCUCAACGUGUUACAGUACGGAGCUAUGGAGCAUAUUUGUGUUGAUGUUAAUGCAGGAUUUGCCUUUCUUAGUAAUUCGAACUUACACGAUAGCCUCCCUAAACCUCAUCACAUAUAGCAUCAUCUUCUUCACCGCUAAAAACAUCCUCAUUGUCCUCCUCCUCAUCUACCGUGUGGCUGUCAUAUGCUGCGUGAAGAAGGAUGACGAAGACGACAAUGAACCUACAUCACCAAAAGCUGAGGAAAUGGUAUACAGAAAAGGCAAAACAAAUGGUCACCUUGAAUCUAUAUCGGUCAUCGAACAUAAGGAAAAUUAUCACAGACAUCCUAAAAUGCCUAGUCUUAAUAAUCUACAAAACAAUCGCAUUCAUUGUCCAACUAGACAGCCACCGAUGUGGAAUGAAUAUCAAACGAAAGGGAUUAAACUGAAUUCUCAUUUGUCGACUCUAGCAAUCAGAAAACAUCAUAUUGCGAAGCAGUAUAUUCACCACAACAGAGCGAGUCUCGGUAGUCUGUGAUUAACACAAUGACAUCCAUGUCCAAUAACUGUUUCAUCAACGGCCAGUGAAAUUAAACUUUGAUCACGUUGUUCCAGUUGAUUCAGGGUAGGAUUCACAUCCUGGUUGUUUUAGGUUCACACUGA